CAUUGGCAGUUACGACAUUACAUCUCCACCCCCGAGCAAGACCAUCUCUACUAUGCCAGCGGCAACGAAAUCUACUGCCUGAACACGGCCACAAAGAAGCGCAAGCACGUGGCCACAUUACCCUUCGAAGCACGAUGCACCGCGUCAGGAUACGGCUAUGUAUGUGUGGGCGGCGAGGAUGAGGGCCAUUUUGCAGCCAUCAAGCUGGAUGGCAGUGGCCCGAGAACACUGGAUGUCGACGCGGCCCUGCCUUUGGGUAGCUUCGGACAUGCCGUGGGAAGAAGAGCGCCGACUGUGAAAGUGGAGAGGAUUGGCGAGGAAAUAGUAAACUCCAUCUCCAUCCACCGCAUACAGGACGAAGACGCGCAUCUCGACGACAUUGUCGCUGUCCUUACAAAUAACGACCGAACGGUGCGCAUAUACAGCCUUCCGCAAGGCCACGAGACCAAAUGUGUGGACCUCCCAUUUGCCAUCAAUCACGCCACCAUAUCGCCAGACGGACAAAUGCUGGUUGCUGUGGGCGACUACAACCAGGCCUACUUCUACCGACGAGAAAUCUUCGAUACCCCACCACAAAUACCGAAACCGCAUAAUCGACUCAACAGUUCGAGUGUACGAUGGGAGCGACUGUGCAAAGUCACCUUGCACGCGCAGCCCGAGACGACUGUCGGCUACUUUACGACAGCCUGGUCGCCCAGCGGCUCGCUUGUGGCAGUGGGCAGCGAAGGAGGCUACAUCACCGUCAUGGACACGGAAAUACUGAAUGACUCUGCGUGCGACAGCGAGAAUCGCGACGAGGCCAUUGUGGCUGUGGUACCUGGUUCGCGAGCCGACUUUCCUAGCCCGCAUCCUGGCGCCAUACGCAGCAUGCUGUUCAGCCCCGAUCCUUGGGAUUUGCUGAUCUGGGCAGAAGACCAGGGUCGAAUAUGCAUUGGCGAUAUGAGAACAGGGUUGAAGAGCAGGCAAAUCAUACCUCUGGAGAUGAAAGAAGAAACGUUGAAUAAGAUCACGUUCGACGAUCUACCGCUGGAGGAGAAUGAUCCAGCACUGUUAUAUCCUCCCUCGGUGAUACCGCAUCUCGACGAUCUCGAGGCAGACCUUAUGAGGCGGUAUCGUAUGAGUCCAGACAAUGCCACCGCCGUGAACUUUGCUACAGAAUAUAUCGAAGCUCGGCGUGCGCACAGGGCGGCAAGACAAGAGUUGGCGAACAGGACACAAGGCGACCCGGGAGGGUUGACCGCGAGAGAGCAGCAGAUACUGGAGACACUACGAACAUCACGGCAACGAGAAGAAGCACGGGCAGGUGGACAAAUCCCUCGAUCUGUCAACUACACAACG